AUGCAGGCCCUCGCGGUGGGUGCCCUGCGCACCAGGGCCUGGAGGCUCGCGGUGCCGACCAGCGGAGUGUCACGGGCGGGGCGAGCGAGCGCGCGGUCCGCGCGCGCCUCCGGUGAGUCCGGGAAUGGGGUGCCGCCUGCGCAGGAGUCGUCGAGCCGCGCGGCCGCCCCGGUCAGGGAUCCGGCCAAGCGAGGCCCCGGAGGGCCCAGAGGGGAGCCCAUCAAGGUGGUUCCCAUCGAAACAGCUGGAAAGGAGGCUUGGGCCGGUGUGGCAGCUGUAGACAAAGGAGAGGACACGAUGGGAUCAGUGAUGAGAGUUGGCCUUCUUGUUGUUGGUGAUGCAGUUGGCCUGCUCAUCUUUGCCGCGAUUGGGAGAAUUAGCCAUGGAGAAGUGUUGAGUCUGGAGACGAUAGGGACAGUCCUGCCCUUCUGGAUAGGUUGGUUUGCUGCAGCUGGCCUGCUAGGUGGCUAUGGAAAGGCGGCAAGGGGUGAGGAAGGCGUGUUGGCAUCUGCGGGAGCAGCAGCCAAGUGCUGGGCUGUUGGCACCCCGGCUGGCUUGCUACUUCGCAGUCUGUUCAAGGGCCAGCUUCCACCUACAUCAUUCGCGAUCGUGUCAUGUGUCGCGACGGGGGCUAUCAUGGUGGGAUGGAGGACGGCGCUCACUGCAAAGGCACCUCUGAAGAAGUUGGCACCCGAAACGAGCGCAGGAAAGGGAAACAGAAAGGGCAACGCGUUUGAGUUUCUGUCGCUGCUGGGUUCCCUCACCAAGCGGUGGUGA